UGUUAACUCUGCACUCCGACACGUUGGUUCCACUACGUCGUCUGUGUCGCAUUCCCCUGCGCAACACCAACGUUAUGUUUGUGAUGAGGCGGGAAAUGGCGUCCGAAGCCAUGGUUGAUCUGUGACUUGCCACCGAGCGAGGAACACAGCUGGCGGGCCAACAAUUACGGCUCGACCUUUAUCAGUGGCCGCCACGGUCGUGGCCGAGAGCUGACACUGCUGCGGCAAAUUUCAACAAGCUUCUGAGAUCAUCUAUUUUUCUAUGUGACGGUGGAGCAUGAUGAGGCUGAGAGUGCGUAAAGCUCCUCAGCAGCCGAACACAGGCCACCAAACACACCUGUCCCAGGCCAAAAGGAAACAUCACGAAGUAGAGCCAUCCCCAGUGAGGAGUCGAGGCAAAAUGCAGAAGAAUGAAACAGGCCUGCUCUCUACUAUUAAGAAAUUUAUCCGUGGAAAUGCUGUCAAGGUAGAGCAGGAUAUUCCAGCCAAGAGGAGUCGCAUUGAUUGUAAAUCUGACAACGAUCUCAUUACUUCAACACCGCAGACCAGAGGUCUUUCCAACAAAUCAGUGUCUAGAGUUUGCCGGAAAACUCCAAAUAAAGACGCAAUGACCUGCAACAGUAAACCCUUGAAACCAAACGGUAAACUGGAGGCACCUGUUGACUCCACGAGCAGCCCACCACGCACCACCCUGCUUGGAACCAUCUUUUCUCCAGUCUUCAACUUUUUCUCACCAGCAACUAAAACUGCCACUCCAGGCUCAGACUCUCCAGGCCAAGCAGUUGAGGCAGAGGAAAUUAUAAAACAGCUGGACAUUGAGCAGGCAGAAGAAAUGCCAAGCAGCACUCUCGCAUCCACAGAAGGAAUCACUCAAUGUCACACUUCCCCAGUUUUACCACAGAGGUUUCAGGUCACCUCGGAUGCAACCAUAGAAGAAGGAGAGAUAGUCACAGAAACUGACAUGCCCCCAUUAACAGCUCCGGGGUGUAUGUCAGAUGGCAGCUACCCACACUCGAUACCCACGGCUCCUGCUGAAACCUCUUAUGAAGAGGACUGGGAAGUUUUUGACCCGUACUUCUUCAUUAAGCAUGUGCCUCCACUGACAGAAGAGCAGUUAACGCGUAAACCAGCGUUACCUUUGAAAACACGCAGCACGCCUGAGUUCUCUCUGGUCCUGGAUCUGGAUGAAACUCUGGUCCACUGUAGUUUGAACGAAUUGGAAGAUGCAGCCCUGACAUUCCCUGUGCUCUUUCAAGAUGUAAUAUACCAGGUGUAUGUUCGCUUGAGGCCCUUUUUCCGAGAGUUUCUCGAGCGCAUGUCUCAGUUGUACGAGAUUAUUCUCUUCACGGCUUCAAAGAAAGUCUAUGCUGACAAGUUGCUUAACAUCCUGGACCCAAAAAAACAGUUAGUAAGACAUAGACUAUUUCGAGAGCACUGUGUGUGCGUUCAAGGAAACUACAUUAAAGACCUGAACAUUCUUGGACGGGAUCUUUCCAAGACGGUAAUCAUCGACAACUCACCCCAAGCCUUUGCUUAUCAGCUUUCCAAUGGAAUCCCAAUUGAGAGCUGGUUUGUGGAUCGUAAUGAUAAUGAGCUUCUGAAGCUUGUUCCAUUCCUGGAGAAACUUGUGGAGCUGAAUGAAGAUGUCAGACCGCACAUCCGGGAACGAUUUCGUUUGCACGACCUUCUCCCUCCAGACUGAGCAGCUUCAGUAUUCCUCUCUUUCACUUUGAGAUAAUAAUUUGUGAGGGGGGAUGAUGGAGAAGGAUUCAUUUGGUGGUUUUCUUUACAUACACAACAUUGCCAUAUUUUUUGUUAAACAUGCUUUAAAAAGAAAAAAAAAAAAGGAAAAUAGAAUAUUUAAAGUCAUGUUUUGAUUCAGAAAGUCAUGGAUCUUUUUUCUAGACACACUCAAACCAGACUCGGAACAAACUGACGGCCUCCUGAAGGUUAGCUUGUCUUUAACAACCAUUUAGGAUUGACAAAACUGAAUGUCACAUGGUGGCUCAAACGGACCUUUUUGGUUUUCAGCCUGUCCUUGAAAGGCCAGUCAAGCCUGUAUAUUAUUCACUCUACAUGUAAAUAUAUGUACAUAAUUGUUUUUCUUCAAAAUUUUUAAGUCAUUUUACUUUCACUUUGGAUUUUAGUAUGUACUCUUUUAUUCAGUUGCUUUUAUAAACCAACAAAAUGUCACGUUUUGUUUGAAGUUGUUGAUAAGCGGCUGCUUUUCUGUUGUAUGCCUGCAGUAUUCCUGUGAUGCUUUACUCCAUUUCAUGCAGUUGUCUGUAAUACGGUGCAGUUUUUAAAGAUGUAUCUUUGGGAGGAAAAGUUUUAAAAAAAAAAAUCUUGUAAAGUUAAUGAAAUGUAAACAAGAAUAAGGUCUCAAAUGAAUACAAAGCCAUAAUGGCCAAACAGUAAUUUUGGAAAUUUGUAUCUGAGAGUCCAUUUCUCAUUUCGACACUUUGAUCGUCCUCUUUGAUUGGGGGUGGGGGGUGUGGGGGGGGAUUCUGGCAUCUUGCACUUUGACAUCCAGCCCUUUGUAAUUUGAUGUAAAAUCUUGUCACUUUUCUACACAGGUGUGUAUCACCUAAAUUUGUUAUGUGGGGAAAAAUGAAAUUGUAGCACCAGCAAAUUGCCAACAUGUUUGCUUUGAAAUAUUGUUUUCCAAGACGUCUUGUAUGUUGGAUCUUUGAUGUAGGAGUCACGAGUUUUAUUGACUAUUGAAUGAUCACUCCUGGUGUAUUCAGUGUUACUUAAUGGUUUCCUUGAAAUUAAAUACAUUUUUAUACGA